AUGGCCUGCUCUGGAAGCUCUGCAUGCUGGGUGCGCGCGAGAACCUGCCUGAAGCAGAAAGGCAGAUGGCUUGGACGUUUGCAAAGUCGUGCCUUACAGUUUUCCACAAGCAGUGACCUUGAGCACCCGCACGUGGACAUGAGCCACCUUUUAGUGAAAGAUCAUCCACAGCGUCCUUCCGCAUUGGCCCAGAUCCUUGACCUCCAAGUGUGUGAAGCCUUGGAUUGGGACUGGGAGACAUUGGGAGAGACUUUUGGGGACUGCUUGAAAUUUCCAAAUCGGAGAUUCUAUCCCAUUGAGGUGCUUUCAUUGGAGUAUACACACUUCUCACCAUGUCUUUUGAGGUAA